GGAAGAUGGGUCAGGACCAGUUGAGAGGGAGGCCUGCAGCGCAGGCUGAGGGAACUGGUUUACAGAUUCAGUUGCGUUCCUGGCUGUCCUCUUAAGGGUCUUCUUGGCGCAACCCCUCGGUGGGCGCUUUAUAAAUAUUGCUACCCAGCUAGCCCCUCACUGUCUAUAAGGAUAGGCCAAGUUUGAGUGUUUAUUGUCAGUCUGCAGAGGGAAGUCCAGGCCACGUGGACCGAGACAGCGUUCCAUGGACAACUCCAAAGACGACCCCACCAUAUUCAGUACCCACUGUCUGCCCAGUGACCCCAGGCUCUGGGCCACUGUGACCAACUCAUACCUAGGUACACGUGUCUAUCAUGACACCAUACAUGUAAACGGUGUGUACAACGGAGCUAGAGGGGACGCUCACCGGGCGAUUCUACCCAGCCCCCUCAAUGUCCGUCUGGAAGCCCCUGCAGGAACAGAAUGGCUGACAGAGACCUUUACCCUGGACACCAACACAGGUUCCUUCCUGCACACCUUGGAAGACCCCAGCUUCCGGGCUUCCCAGUGCAUCUAUGCUCACCGUGUGUUACCCCAUGUACUGGCCUUCAGUGUGUCCGUUACACGCUUGACCCCAGGGGACAAGCCCAUCACGGUGCUGCUACGGGCAGCCUUCUCCCCAGAAAGCCCAGACCUGGACCUGCAUGUGGGGCCUGACUUCCAGGGAGUCCGGUACCUGCAUGGCCACACACUCACCCCUGAGCAGCCAGGAGAGCCCCAGCAGGAAGUACACAUGCUGUGGACGCCGGUUCCCCCAGCCUUAACCCUUGGGGAAGACGAGAAAGACAGGACCUGGGACUUUCUGACUGUGGUGGGUGGCAGGCAGGCUGAGGCCCAGGCCUGCUUUGCUGAGGCCCUGCAGCUGCAGACCAGGGGUGUUCUACAUACGGUCCACGCAGAUGCCUGGGCCCAGCUCUGGGCAAGCUGUGGCCUGGAUGUAGCUGGGCCCCUGGCCCUACGCCAGGCCCUCCGUGGCUCUCUUUACUAUCUGCUCAGUGAGCUUCCCCAGCCUGGAACGCAAGGAUUCAUCAGCCACGGCCUUAGCCCCGGAGGCCUCUCCAAUGGGAGUCAGGAGGAAUGCUACUGGGGCCAUAUCUUCUGGGAUCAGGACCUCUGGAUGUUCCCAAAUAUUGUGAUGUUCCACCCAGAGGCUGCCAGGGCCAUCCUGGAGUACCGGGUCCGCACGCUGGGAGGGGCCCUGAAGAACGCCCAGAACUUGGGCUACCAGGGAGCCAAGUUUGCUUGGGAGAGUGCAAGCACUGGCCUGGAGGUCUGCCCUGAGGACAUUUACGGGGCCCAGGAGAUCCACGUCAACGGGGCCGUGGUGUUGGCCUUCCAACUGUAUUACUACUGCACUCAGGACCUGCCGCUCUUCCGAGAGGCUGGCGGCUGGAACGUGGUGAGCGCUGUGGCUGAGUUCUGGUGCAGCCGCGUAGAAUGGAGCUCCCAGGAUAAGAUGUACCACCUGAAAGGAGUCAUGCCCCCUGAUGAGUACCACUCCGGAGUCAACAACUCUGUGUACACCAAUGCCAUGGUCCAGAACAGCUGCGCUUUUGCUGCUGCAUUGGCCAAGGACUUGGGUUUGCCUGUUCCAAGCCAGUGGCUGGAGGUGGCCGAUAAGAUCAAGAUACCAUUUGACUCUGAGCAGAACUUCCACCCUGAGUUUGAUGGCUAUGAGCAAGGAGAAGAAGUGAAGCAGGCGGAUGUUGUCCUCCUGGGGUACCCAGUCCCCUUUCCCCUGAGACCUGACAUACGAAGAAAAAAUUUGGAGGUUUAUGAGGCUGUGACAUCCCCUCAGGGCCCUGCCAUGACCUGGAGCAUGUUUGCUGUGGGCUGGAUGGAGCUGAAGGACCCCUCAAAGGCACAGGCCCUCCUGAGCAGGAGUUUCACCAAUGUCACUGAGCCCUUCAAGGUGUGGACCGAGAAUGCAGAUGGGUCUGGUGCAGUGAACUUCCUGACAGGCAUGGGGGGCUUCUUGCAGGCAUCACUCUUUGGGUGCACAGGAUUCAGGAUCACUGAGGCUGGUGUGACCUUUGACCCGCUGUGUCCAGACCUGGUCUCCAGAGUGUCUGUCUCUGGUAUCUCCUACCUGGGGAACAAGUUCAACUUCAUCUUUUCCAAAGACUCAGUGACACUUGAGGUCACAGCCCGUGCAGAGCCCUGGGCGCCCUUGCUAGAGGCUGAGCUGUGGCCAUCGCUGGUCAGGCUCCCCCUGCUACCAGGUAGGGAAAGGUCUUUGUGUGUGUGUGUGUGUGUGUGUGUGUGUGUGUGUGUGUGUGUGUGUGUGUGUCUGGUAAGAAGGAAGGCAGUGCUCUCAGAAGACAGGGCAGAUGGAUCAUGGGGCUGGCGACCAGAGGAACCGGAGUCAGACGGACUGGGUUUCCAGGCCACAGUCCUAGGCAUCGGUGCCGAGAAGCUGCGCAGCCUUCUCUCCUGUUCUCAGCUCCUGGCAUAUAAUCAGUGUUUCCCCAAAGAAGGUGCAUAG